AUGGCCGCCACCACUAAUAACGCCGCCCCGCCGCGCCAGCUCUCACAGAAGGAAGCCGACAUCCAGAUGAUGUUAGCCGCCGACGUCCACCUUGGCACCAAGAACUGCGACUUCCAAAUGGAACGCUACAUCUUCAAGCGCCGCAACGAUGGUAUUUACAUUAUCAACCUUGGGAAGACGUGGGAGAAGCUUCAGCUUGCUGCUAGGGUUAUUGUUGCAAUUGAGAACCCUCAGGACAUUAUUGUGCAAUCCGCAAGGCCUUAUGGUCAGAGAGCGGUUCUCAAGUUUGCUCAGUACACCGGUGCUCACGCCAUUGCUGGAAGGCACACUCCUGGUACCUUUACCAAUCAGCUUCAAACCUCGUUUAGUGAGCCUCGCCUUCUUAUCCUCACGGAUCCAAGAACAGAUCAUCAGCCUAUUAAGGAAGCUGCUCUUGGAAACAUUCCAACCAUUGCAUUUUGUGACACUGACUCACCAAUGAGGUAUGUGGACAUUGGAAUUCCUGCCAACAACAAGGGAAAACACAGUAUAGGUUGUCUGUUUUGGCUUCUUGCCAGGAUGGUGUUGCAGAUGAGGGGUACCAUUCGUCCUGGUCUCAAGUGGGAUGUUAUGGUGGACUUGUUCUUUUAUAGAGAACCAGAAGAGGCUAAACAACAAGAAGAGGAGGAAGCUCCUGCUGGAGAUUAUGCCAUCACUGACUAUAAUCCUGGUGCUAUUGCCGCUGAUGGCCCGUGGCCUGGUGCAAUUGAUCAAUCGUGGACAGAUGCAGUUCCACAACCUAUUCCAGCUGUACCUGGUGUCAACUGGGGAGCACCACCCGCACCAGCAGAAACAGCUGUUGCAGCAGAUUGGGGUGAGGCUGUUCCACCUCCACAACACCCUCUUCCUCCUUCUGGAGUUGAAUCUGUCCAACCAACUGGCUGGGAUUAA